UUCAAGCCAAGGGAAGCAAAGUCUGCGUCGCCCCAAAAAAGAAGGCAAAAGAAAAAGGGAAAGUCUUGGUCAAUGAUUGUUUAAAGACAUAAAAGGUCAUCAUCCACCCAUCUUUCGUUAAAUUCAAACUGAUCAUAAUUCAUUUCUUCAAGCUCCAAAUUCUAAACCUGCAGAUUUCAAGAGAAAAAGCUCAAAAACGAUGGCCAGGGGAAGAAGGCUUGCAGACAUCAUAGGAACGGGGGACGAUCAGCUAAUCAUGAAAGCUUGUUCUUGUGCCAUGAAGGCUCACAAGUCUCCGGAGAAGCCAUAUGUUAUUGACAAAACUCGGGGCUCAUCGGAGACCGUCCUCUUCAUCAGCUUUCCUGGAUCUUGGUCUUCAAGUGAUUGGUUUGCUCAAACUCAAACACCCUUUGGAGAAACUAAGAUCAAUCGUCGAGGCAAUCCGCCAAUGUUUCCUUCUCUUAGAAGUAUAGGCAACGUUGAAGUUGCUACAGUUAAAGAAACCUUUCUGCGGAGAUUUGAAGACAAGAUCUUGGGGAGUUCAGAUUUCCAAGAGAAGGUGCAAAAAGCUGUGACAAACAAGAGGAAAAUAGUGUUUACAGGACACUCCUUGGGUGGUUCAAUUGCCAUCCUUGCUACACUUUGGUUCUUGGAAAAUUGCUUGAAAUCAAAUAACAGAAUCUCACCUCUGUGUGUGACUUUUGGAUGUCCUCUAACUGGUAACCACAUAUUUUCCCAUGCUCUUAGGCGAGAGAACUGGGCUCCUUACUUCAUACAUUUUGUUAUGAGAUAUGACAUUGUCCCACGGCUCUUGCUUGCUCCAAUCCCAUCCAUCGAACAAGAAUUUGACUCAAUUCUCCGAUUCUUCGCUACACAAUCAUCCAUCGGCGUCGUACCCGAGGAGGCUUCGAUAUUUUAUACAACUGUCAUGAGGAACACAGCAUCCGUGGCAAGCCACGCCGCCUGCAAUCUCACGGCGAACACAAAUCUGCUAUUGGAAACUGUAACUAGCUUCACUGCAUUAAGCCCUUACAAACCCUUUGGAACAUACAUCUUUUGCACUGGGAGUGGAAAGGAAAACGGAAAACUGGCGGUCUUGAGGAACCCAGAUGCUGCUUUGCAACUACUGUUUUACUCCUCCCAGUUGAGCAGUGAAAACGAACUUCAAGAGAUAGCCUGCAAAAGCCUUCAUCAACAUUUUGGCUAUGAAAAAGAGUUGCAAAGCUUAGAAAUGCAAGAUGUUGUUGACUUGAAGCAACUAGAAACACUCUCAUAUUCUGCAGAGGCCACAGGCGGUGAUAGCGCAACAAUUAACUCGGCCUUUAAUGACCUUGGCUUGAGCACGAGAGCUAGAUUGUGUGUUCUUGCUGCGGUAGAGUAUGAGAAGCGAAAGCAGAAGAACAAGGAUAACAUAGAUGCCAAGACGACAAAUAUCCAGAAUAUAAUAAAAGAACUAGAAUCCUACCGAGCGAACUGUGAGCCUCACUAUUAUGAUGCCUUCAGACUUCACCAAAACGGCCAGGACUUCUAUGCUAAUGUGAAGAGGCUUGAGCUAGUAGGUAUAUGGGAUGAAAUCGUCGAAAUGUUAAAAAGGUACCAACUCCCAGAUGAUUUUGAGGCCCAAGAAGGUUGGGUAGAGCUCGGAACGAGGUAUCGUCGCCUUGUUGAGCCCAUAGAUGUUGCCAACUACUAUCGACACUGUAGGAAUGACGGGGCGGGGCCCUAUUUGGGUAGUCCCGGCAAGCACAGGAAGCCCAGGCCGAAACGAUACAUAUACACACAACGAUGGCAUGAGCAUGCUCAGAAGCUGCCUGCUGAAUCCAGUGGAGAAUCGCAUUUCUGGGCAGAGGUAGAGGAGCUCCGCACUGAAACUAGCAGCAUUGAAGGGUUUGAACAAGUCAAGCCAAGGGUUUUGCAACUAGAAAGAAAUAUACAGAAAUGGGUUACUGACAAAGAGUUGGAUAAGGAUGUGCUCCGGAAGGAAACCAUCCUUGUGAAGUGGUGGAAAUCACUCCCUGACCAGCAUAAGAAUGAUUCUUGCAUUUUAGGACUCAUUAAUCCCUAAGGAUUUUGGCGGUCGGUGCCUUCUUGGAUAUGUUUGAAUAUGAAACAUGUUAUGAUGUGAUGUGUGCUAAAUACAGUGUAGCUAUUACUCUUUUGAAAUAAAAAAAAAACUUAAAAGAGUUGAAAACAACAGAA